AUGGCUGGCUUAUUCGAUGAUUGCUCUCCAUUUUUAUCUCGUUAUUAUUCAAAAUUAAAUUUGGACAAAUUUUAUCUGAAAGAAAAACGGAAUACUGUAUCAUCGAUCGUUGCUGGUUGUCUAUUUUCCAUUGGUUGGUGGAUCAUUAUCGACUGUGCCGUAUUGAAUCCGUCGAAUCAACAAUUUCAUAAGGCAUUUAUAGUGAUCGGAAUUAUGGCCUCAUUGGCACUUGUUCUGGUAAAUUCAAUUUCUGAUGCUCGAUUUAGAGGCGAUUUGUAUGGUCAGGGAUGUUGUGGUUCAAUCAGUUUAAGUCGUAUCGUGUUAUUUUUGGCAUUUUUAUUUGCAUUUGGAUCACUGAUCAGUGGAGCGUGGGUUAUGAUUGUGCAAUAUAUUAUUCCAGAUAAGAAACCAAUGUAUCCUGGCAUUGCAAUAUUUCUUCAAAAUUUAUUGAUAUUUACAAGUAUAACAGGAAAAUGGAAUUAA